AUGAGAGUCAAAACCACAAUGUUGAUGAGCCUUUUUCUGCUUCCCUUUCUGGCGAGACAGAACGCUGCCUCGUGGAGCAGGGUCGUCGGUGUCGGGAAAAUCUUGUUAGAAUCAUUCACGUCAGAAGAUACGCAAGAAACAGAUCUCAUAGCCACGGAAGAACUCGUGCAAGGUCUUACCUUCGACAAGUACAACGAGGGAAUUUAUUGCAAAAUCGUCACCAAAAUGAAAGAAAACUUUGAAAGAACAAUAUACAAAAUUGCAACUUGUGACCACAUUCCAGAUCACAUCCGUGACUCGCUCUUGGAUGGAAUGGACGGUGAGGUGAACCAAGAAGUUAUCCGAGAAUUUUAA